AUCAGUUUGCGCUCGGCACUAAAAGAUAUUAGAUCCGUGGUGCUUUUGCAAAUCGGUGUGUCAUUUAAUUGAAAGAGUCAAUAUUUUUUUCUUUUUGCCGGUAAAAUAUAAAGUUGAGUGAUUGCUUCUGAAAUUUCAUUUGUUAUCGUGAUUUUGAAUAAAGUGGUUGACUGCUUAUUUUUUGGACAAAAGUAUAAAAUAUCAAAACCUAACUAUAGUAAUCGUGUAACAUCAAAAGUCAUAUUGUUUAAAUUAUGACGAAUAGUGGCAGUGAUGCGAAGCGACUAAAAAGUCCAUAUGAUAAUGCAAACAUUGUUUCCAGAUAUAUUUAUUGGUGGCUCAAGGAUUUAUUUAAAAUUGGCUUGAAACGUCAGAUAAUUGAGGAUGAUAUUUCCGAAUGUUCUCAAAAGCACACGAGUGAUAAAGUAACAAGACACUUUGAAAUGCUGUGGGAGGAAGAAAUGUUGAAACCGAAACCAAGUCUUAUUCGUGUUGCCACAAAAGUUUUCUGGCUCAAAGUUAUUAUUGUUGGAUUUUUUUUCGCAAUAUUUGAGACGUUCUGCAAGCUUGCUAAUCCAUUACUUCUGGGGCUUUUAAUCGGUUUUUUUACAACCAAUCCAAAUAAUUUUAGUAAUAAUGAUGCUUAUUUAAUAGCGACUGGCAUUGUUCUAACACUAGGAUUGCCGCUUCUAUUUUUCCAUCCAUUUAUGUUAUUUCUAUUUGAGGAAGGUAUGAAAUUACGCAUUGCAUGUUGCUCCCUCAUUUAUAGUAAGAUUUUAACCUUUACUAAGUAUGCGAUGAAAGAUGGAAUUGCUGGACAAGCAGUAAAUCUAAUGUCAAAUGAUGUGAGUCGAUUUGAUUGGCUUAUGAGCUUUACACAUGAUUUUUGGAGGCCUCCAAUUGCAGCUGGUAUAGCUGCUUAUUUUAUUUACCAGCAAGUGGAAUUUGCUGGACUUUUAGGAAUGGCAAUUUUGCUACUCUUCAUGCCACUUCAAGGAUGGCUUGGAAGGAAAUCAGCAAAUGUUCGAUUAGAUACUGCUAAGCGUACAGACAAUCGUGUAAAAUCGAUGUUCUCAAUCAUAACCGGAAUACAAGUAAUCAAAAUGUAUGGAUGGGAAAAUGCAUUUGCUAAGACUGUAAAUAAUAUACGAAAGUUUGAACUGAGAGCUAUUGCAAAAGGAUAUUACAUACGAGCUACCCUUCUCUCAUUGGUCUUCCUUACGAGUUUUGCUGUGUUUGCUACUUUUGUAACAUAUGUACUAAUGGGAAAUUCAAUUACGUCAGAAAAAGCUUUCGUUACUAUAGCGUAUUUUAAUUAUGUUAGAAAUGUAUUAGUUGAGUUCUGGCCUAUGGCAGUAACUAGUGUUGCAGAAGGAUGGGUAUCCUUGCGACGUGUGGAAGAAUUUUUAUCACAAAAAGUUCCAAGUAAAUCAGGAAAUAUUGAUCUGAAUAAAAAGAAUGUAAGGAUUCAAUCUCUACAAAAUGGAAUUUUCAUGAGGAAUGCAACAGCUUAUUGGAAUAGUGAUGGUCAAGAUAAUAUCGGGAUUAUGUCUUGUGACAUUGAAAUUGAUAAAAAGAAUGUUGUGUGUAUCAUUGGACAAGUUGGUUCAGGCAAAACAACUUUACUUGAAGUUAUUUUAAAAGAAAUUCCUUUGGUUGAUGGAGAGCUAGAUGUAAAUGGUGUAAUUAGCUAUGCAUCACAAAAAGCAUGGAUAUUUGAAGGAAGUAUAAGAAAUAAUAUUCUUUUUACGGAAAAAUACGAUGAGAAGCGUUAUAAAACUGUCCUUCAUGUGUGCGCUCUUGAACGAGAUUUGGAAUUAUUCCCAAAGGAUGACGCGACAAUUGUCGGUGAUCGUGGUAUAAGUUUGAGCGGAGGCCAAAAAGCUCGCAUAAAUUUAGCUCGUGCUGUUUAUAAAAAUGCUGAUAUAUAUCUACUAGACGAUCCACUUUCAGCCGUAGACGCGCAUGUCAGCAAACACAUUUUUCAAAAAUGCAUAAAAGAUUUUUUAAAAGAUAAAAUUUGCGUGCUUGUUACACACCAACUUCAAUAUUUACAUGAAGUCGACCAUAUUAUAGUUAUGAGCAUGGGACAAAUAAAAACUCAGGGAUCAUAUGACUACAUCAAGGAGAAUGAUUAUGCUAUGCUUUAUGCUAAUGAUGAAAAUUUCAUUAAUUCAAACGCACGAGUUGACAGUCCAACUGAUGAAGAGGAAAGUUUAGAUGUCCCAAAAAGUGUUACCAAAGAAGAUCAAGAAGGAAAUGGCAAAGAGACAGUUUCAAAAGAGACUCAACAGGAGGGAAAGGUUACAUCAGCAAUAUAUAUGGCGUAUAUCAAAGCUGUAAAUAGCGGAAUUUUUGUAUUUUUUGUUGCCCUUUUGUUCAUAAUUGCUCAGGCAUUACAAGGCACAGUCGAUUAUUUUGUUUCUAUUUGGAUAACAUGGGAAGAGACGUAUGGCGACAGAAAUAUGACAUCAAGUGAUGACAAUUUAACCAUUUGGGAUGGUGAAUGGUGGACAACUGAAAAAUAUAUUUAUUUGUACUCAAUAUUUAUUGGUGCAUUAUUGUUGCUAAUUGUAUCACGUUCAUUUGCUUUUUAUCGAAUGUGUUUGAGGGUUGCUGUAAAUUUACAUGAUAGAUUAUUUCGCGGUGUUACACGAGCAACAAUGUGGUUCUACAACCAAAAUUCUUCAGGCCGCAUUAUCAAUCGAUUUUCAAAAGAUAUUGGAACUAUUGACUCGAUGCUUCCAGUCGUUAUUGUAGAUUGCAUACAGUUCUUCCUUCAAUUGGCAACGGUCGUAACGAUUGUUGCUAUCAUAAAUCCUUGGCUAUUAAUACCAACGUUAUUCAUGUUCAUAAUAUUUUAUGGUCUGAGAUAUAUUUUUCUCACUACUGCCAGAAAUAUUAAGCGAGUUGAAGCAAUAACUCGAAGUCCUCUUUUUGCACACACAACUACAUCAAUAGAAGGAUUGAGUACAAUACGAGCAUUUAAUGCGGAAAUGCAAUCGCGAAAUGAGUUUUAUGAAUAUCAAAAUAUUAAUUCAUCUGCAUGGUUUCUUUUUGUGGCAACGUCACGAGGCUUUGCAUUCUGGCUUGAUAUCAUUUGCCUUUUGUACGUGACUUGCGUUGUUUACAGUUUUUUACUAUUAGGCUCAGAUUUUGUGGGUGCAAAUGUUGGGCUUGCCAUAACUCAAGCAAUCAAUCUUAUUGGCAUGUGUAAUUGGGGUUUACGUCAAACAGCAGAAUUAGAGAAUCAAAUGACAUCGGUCGAGCGAGUCGAUGAAUAUGCAAAUGUAACAAGUGAACGUAAACUUGAAACGGACCAAAACAUACUCGCAAAGAUGGUUAAACCGUGGCCACAAAAAGGCAUAAUUAAAUUCAAUAAUCUGUCACUCAAGUACUCAGAUACAUCAGAUUGUAUUUUACGAAAUUUGAAUUUUACGAUUCAUGAAAGAGAAAAGCUUGGCAUAAUUGGUCGUACAGGUGCCGGUAAAUCAUCAAUAAUUCAAGCAAUAUUCCAACUUGCUCAUACCGAUGGUACGAUCGAAAUCGACGAUGUGAAUAUUAAUAAUCUUGGCUUGCAUACAUUCCGUCAAAAAAUAAAUAUAAUCCCACAGGAUCCUGUACUAUUUGUUGGUAGCUUAAGACACAAUUUAGAUCCAUUUGAUGAGAAAACGGAUGAUGAAAUAUGGCAUGUGUUAGAGCAGGUGGAACUUAAACAUGCAAUAAAACUGCUAGCAGGCGGCCUUGAAACAAAAGUCUCUGAUGGCGGUUCAAACUUCAGUAUGGGACAAAGGUAUGAUUCUUUUAUUGUAAUGGAUUUUUUAUGUAAUGCAAUUUAUAUUGUUUUGUUAUGCAAAAUCCAAAACAAAUAUUGAAAAGCUACUUGUUCCUUUGUUACUGUUUUGUUGAGCUUUUACAACGGCACUUUAGUUUGUCUAAUUAAAAUGGAUAAAGACAAUUACUUUGUUUGGCACGGGCAAUCUUGAGAAAAAACAAAAUUCUAAUAUUGGAUGAAGCAACCGCAAAUGUGGAUCCAGAAACAGAUAAUCUCAUUCAGUCAACAAUUCGUUCACAAUUCGCUGACUGUACAGUUCUUACUGUUGCGCAUCGUCUCAAUACUAUCCUCGAUAGCGAUAGAAUAAUGGUUUUAGAGGCAGGAAAUAUCAUUGAAUUUGACACGCCAGCAAGGCUGUAUGAGAGUAAUGGUGCUUUUCGUAAACUUGUCGAUGAAGCCGGCUUGGAUUUCAUAAAAUUUUCACGUGUGAAAGGUUAAUUUUCAAAGGAAAUAUAGCUUUAAGUAAAUUCUUGUAGAUUUAUGUAUAAUAAAGAAUGAUUAAAAUAAAAAGAAAAUCCUUCAAAUUUUAAAUCAAA